CCUCACAUGUCUCCAAUGCAGCCUGUCAAUUUACGCCAGCAUGUGAAGACCCCUGCGAUACAAGAGGCUGGAAAACUUUCUUUGGAUACUUUAAUAACCGGCUUUUAAAUGCGCAUCCCCUCUGGAUAAUAUUUCGGACUUUUUCUUUGGCUUUUAUAGGGCUUUAUAUGGACUGAGAUGGUGCAAUGCUCCGCAGGACAGUAUCGCGUAUAUGUUGGCUUUGGUUUGUGCUCUUUAGUGCGUUGAUAUGGGGAGCCGAGUGCGUCAGUGCGCAAAGCUGCCAUGAAGUUAAAACCGCGUUCCAGCUGCGCCAGGUCGGUCCAUUAAAAUGGGUUCCGGAGACUGCAGCAACAGAUGCAGAUCUUCUGAUCUGUAAACAUCAGGGUCCCACUUGUUGCACUCGCAAGAUGGAGGAGGGCUACUACGCCGCCGUCCAGAGGGACAUGCUCCAGAACAUUCAAUCCUAUAGCUUUGAACUGAAAUAUCUCAUCCUCGUCUAUGCCUCGUCCUUCCAGGAUACUUUCCAUUCCCUGCUCUCCUUUAGUCUCAAUCACACUCACUCGCUCUUCGACAGCGCCUACAAGCCGAUCUCUGGCGACGCCAGAUCCUUGGUCUCCGAACUCUUCUCCGAUCUAGCCCUCUACCUCCGUGGCGACGGCAACGUCUCCGUGGAACGCUCCGUCCACAACUUCUACGACAAACUUUUCCCAUUAGUCUAUCAACAACUGAUCAAUCCCGGUUUGGGUUCCCCAGUAUCCGCCUGGUCUGCCGAAGGAAGCGAGUGCUUGCGUGCCACGAGGCACGAUGUCAACCCCUUCGGACCUCAUCCCCAGUCCCUCGCUCAGGGGCUGUCCAUCGCGCUAGUGGCAGGCCGCGCCCUGGGUCGAGCGCUGGAGAUGGGCACUGAGGUGCUGCACGUCACGGAGUUGAUGGGAUUGGCACGUCAGUGUGGGCAGGCGUUGGUGAGGAUGCACUACUGCUCACACUGUCGCGGGCUGACCCUCAUCCAGCCAUGCGCGGGACUGUGUCUUAACGUGAUGCGGGGAUGCCUGGCAGGCCUGGUCGAGCUGGAUGCGCCGUGGAGACGGUACGUGGCAUUUCUGGAGGGGCUGAGCGGGGCACUGGCAGGGGGUUACGAGAUGGAGCUGAUGCUUUUGAGCAUCCGAGAGAGGAUCAAUGAUGCCAUACUCACUGCGCAGCUGAAUGGGCCGCAUCUCAGCGCCGUGGUGGGCAAAGUUUGCGGUCCCUUGACUCAAACGAUUUCCUCGACUCCCACCAGUCUCACCUCAAAGAGUUUGACUCCGUCAGUGAACCCCACAGCACAGCUUCAAACGGCAGUCACGUCCUCCAGGCCUACAACAUCACCUGAUACAGGCGAACCUCAUCACAUCAUACUCAAAAAAAGGUCUUUUCCUCUGAAGCCAUCCAAAAAUGACAAAACCAGAAGUUUGAAAAAGAUUUCAAGGGAGUUUAUGGGCUAUAUCCAGAGGUACAAAAUGUUCUUUUACACCCUUCCUGAGACGCUCUGCGAGGGGCAGGUGGAGAUUGAUGAAAACACAUGCUGGAGUGGAGAAGAUGUGGUGGAGAGUUAUACAGGUCACGUGGUUGGAAAUGGAUUACAGGCCCAGAGGCACAACCCAGAGAUAAGGGUCAAAAUUGCGCAUCCACUCUUGGUCAACAUUAAGGAGAGGCUUGAACGUUUCAACCAGGAGAUGAGAGGUGAGACUGGUUUUGGAGCAGAUGGUCACGGAGAUGCUGAGACGGGCAGUGGUGACGCAACAGAUGGAAGCGGCGAGUGCGAUGAUGAAGACGGCUGUCAAGAAUCGGGCCACAGCGAGAGCGAGACAGAUCCUCAAGACAAUGCCAAGAGGAAAAUCAACGCACAAAUUCCUCCAUGGAACCAGCGCCCAGACUCCAGACCCAAACCUGGGGUGAACGUCAAUGGAGCCACGCCAACCCUCUCAGCCAUCCGAAUUCUUACUCUGUUACCCAUAAUGCUGCUCUUCCUCUCGUCUGAUGCCGUCUGACGCUCACGGUCCAGAGCACAGACCUAACUGGAGUAUAAAAGAGAGACUCAUGCAUUGCACUAGUUCCCUUAGAAGUCUGCACAUUUGUUUCACGUCAGCCUCCCAGCAUGUGACUUUUCACGUCGCCUGUUCAAAAACCACCGCUUAUUCGUACUGUUUAUUUGCUCUGUCCUGUUUUAAAGGGUUUUAUGUAGCUACUAAGUAGUGUACUGUUACUGAAAUGUACAGUAAGUGUGAGUGAGACUAUUGUCACUUUUAUCAUAGUUGGUGGUUUACUGUAAUAUUUCAUAUCAAUUUCAAUUUCAGAUCAUCGAAGAUGAAUGAUUUACAAAUAUGCUCGUAUAGUUCGGUACGUUUGAGAAUAAAACAUAUUACGCCAUAGUUGGGAUGGCUGCAUGUAUUGCUGUAUGUGUGGAAAUAUAUUUGAGGACGAAUGAGGAAUUUUAAUAUUUUAUCUGCUUGUAUGAUCUAUAUUUUAAUAUGUCUACCUGGGUGAAUCUCAGCAAGAAAUGCCUGGGUCAUUUUUCACCUCAAAAUAAAAGUAAACAAUAAAUCAAUAAAUUGAUUUAUUUUUUUAAAUAGGAAAAAAACACUUUAUAUUUUUUGCAUGAUUUCUAUAACAGUUCACAUUACCCUCCUCAAGUUCUUAUUAAUACCACCUAAAUAGCAGUUCUUUAGUAAAUCAUUUUUUUAUUUAUAUUUUUAUUUAAUAAAUAUUUCUAUAAUAAAACAGCUACAUUGUUCUGCUUUAUAAAUCUGCUGUAUUGCAAUUGCCACAUAUUAAAAAUUUAUAUUUUCAUUAAACUCAAUAAAAUGAUUUUUGGGUUAAACAUGAUUUUAGGACAUUUACUUUGGGGUUAAAAAUGGCCAGACAUUCAUUCACAGUUUGUCUUUUCACAAGAUUUACCCAACUGCUUGUGCAAUUCUACAUUUUUUUGUGCAUUAGUCAAAUUGUACAUUAACAUAUUUAUACUGAAAUUUAUGUAUACAAAGUGUGCAUAUGUUAUUGUUGUGCACAACAACAUUUAAAAAUAACAAAUAUAGGUUUUCAUUUAAUCCUAGAAAUUUGUUUUUAGCCAUAUGUACUGUAGGCUGUAGGCUGUACUCACGUUAUUUUUAGCCAUAUGUAAGCCCUACAGCAUUGCAUAACGCUGACAUUUAACUGUUCUUCCACAUUUACCGCUUUCUUUACACAACUUGUGGAUGACGUCACGGUCUUAAAUCUUUGGCUUGAAUUCAUUAAUGUCACUUUUCAUUGUAACUCUGUCUGACUGUGCUAUAUUGUCGAAAUAAAACCUUGCAUAUAAAUAGAUAAAUAAAAUAUCCGAUUUUAAAGUAGGCCUAUACACAUGUCGUUUUGAUCUCUCCCUCUCGUGUCUCUUUGAAAUGUAGAUUUUAUUCUUGCACCUCCUCAGUAUCAACCACCGAGACAUGUAGGCCUAAUUCUUAUUUGACAGCAGCUUUACAUGUUAUGUACAUGGAUCCCAGGCUGCAUGCCAGAAGAAAUCUGUUUGUGACUAUUUUGUGUCUCUUACAUUAAUCAUUUUCGACAUAUUCUAGUCAACAGAUAAGCAAUGUUUGACAUUUAUACCAGUCACACCCAGACAGCACAAACCUGAAUCAUGUCAUCUAGACGUGUUUUAAUUUAUGCGGCUUCGUUUGAUCUGCUGGGUUUUGUUAUUUAGAUGCGAAUUAACCUGUCAAUAUUUCCUGGUCUCCUGCCACAAUGAAACCCUGUAUUUUGCUGUUGCUACGUUUUUGGUGCCAACAAAGUGCAUGGCAACUGCCAUAGGCAUGCCAGAAAAUUUCCUUUGAAAGCUUGUAAAGGUGAACCCUUUAUUCUUUUUGUAUUUCACUUAUGACUCACUUUCAUUUUUUCACUGGCACCUCUGAUCAAACAAUCAGGGGUUGAGAGCUUGUGGAUUACUCAAAAAAAUGAUUUUACGAUACUGUUCACUUUAUUUAAA